AUGAAGCGCUGCGUGGUGGAGGCUGGUGAGGCGGCGACGGAAAAGGCGGCGGGCCAAAUGCAGACCAUUCAGGUCACCCUCGGCGCCCAAGAGAGGGGUCCAUGGACCGGGGUAGGCGAGCGCUGGAGCCCCAGCCGUUGCAAGGGUGGGAGACGAGCAGCCGAGCGAGUUGGCAAUGGCCUGCAGAACCUGACGGUGUAGUGGAAGCGGGACGGGGGUGGGAGGCUGGAGGCCGGAGGCUGGACCGCUUUGCUAUGACGUCCGUUUAGAGCUCCCCUGCCAAAGCUGCUCCCAGCAAGGAGGAGCAUGGAUGUUCUUGCGCGAGCCAAGGCCUGGAUGCAGUAGCCGCAAAGAUGGAAAUCAGCUGAUUUCUGCGUGCACUGGGAGCACAAUCACGGUGCAAUCAAUCGCUUGCAUGUAUCUAACUCGGCCUGGAUUA